UCUGGACUUAAGACAAUAAAGUCAGUCUCAUAACAGGACUGCCUAGGACAAUAGAAGGAGGCUGGCCCUUCCAAUAAAUCUGAAUACUUCAGGGAGUCCAAGGCAACCCUAUAAAUACGCACACAAGACAAGCCAUCUCUUUAUCAUCCCAGUGUGAAGAAGGGAACCAAGAAGAAGAAGAAAGAAAAAAAAUAGAACAGAGGGAGAGGAAAGCAUUUCUUAGCAUCUACAGUGCACCACGACUUAGAGUCGACGCUAAACCUGUCUUCCCAGCUGUGUAAAGAAGUUCUGCCUCUGCAUUCCAAGACAGCAAGCAGGAUGUGCAAAGCACCUCUGGUAGACCCACGUGAGCCAAGGAAGCUGGAGAAAAAACACUGGCUAAGAUUACCUCGACUUCCUUUCCAGCGUCGUUUCUCUCAAAUCCCUAAGCCCUCAAUGCAGCUGAAACGAUGGCGCCGAGAUGUCCUAACAACGUUCAGAAUUCUGAGACCUCUGGCCUAUGCUGGUCUGCAGCCCACCAGCAAGGCAGUUUACAGCAGGGUUCCAACCCGCCUCCUCUCCCGCCUCUGGGGCCUCCUGAACCAGCUAUACCUGCCCCUCUGGCUUCGCAAACCUCUCUUCACCAUCUUUGUUUGGGCAUUUUCUGUCAACAUGCAGGAAGCUGAGGUGGAAGACCUAAAGCAGUACAAUAAUCUGAGUGAGCUCUUUCGACGCCCACUGAAGUCUUCCGUGCGCCCGAUAUCAUGUCACAGUGUGGUGAGUGCAGCAGAUGGACGCAUUUUGCACUUUGGUAAAGUGAAGAACUGUCAAGUAGAACAAGUUAAAGGAAUCACAUACUCACUGAAGAAUUUCUUUGGACCACUCAACUGGAGAAAUGGAAGUUCAACCAGAGCUUUAACAUGUGAGCCAUUUGAGAAUCAGCUACAAAUGCGGGAAGGGACACGGCUGUAUCACUGUGUGAUCUACUUAGCACCUGGAGAUUACCACAGGUUCCAUUCACCCACCAACUGGACCAUUUUACACCGUCGACACUUUCCUGGUUCUCUGAUGUCUGUGAAUCCUGGUGUGGCCCAUUGGAUUACAGAACUCUUCUGUCACAACGAGAGAGUGGUCCUGUGUGGUGAAUGGCAGCACGGCUUCUUUUCACUCACUGCAGUUGGAGCAACUAAUGUGGGAUCCAUCAAACUUUAUCACGAUAAGGCUUUACAGACAAACUGUGCAUGCCACGUGAAGGGACGGUACAAUGACAGGCAAUACACAGAUCAAUUUGGCUCGUCUGGGAUCUGGAUGGCAAAGGGUGCCAACCUCGGGGAGUUCAACUUGGGAUCGACUAUUGUACUCAUAUUUGAAGCUCCCAAGAAUUUUACAUUCAGACUCACUGCUGGACAAAAGAUACGAUUUGGAGAAUCAAUUGGAAAUAUAUAGACUUGAAUGCCAUGUGAAAUCUCUAAAAUAAGAACAUUUCAAUGACGUCUGAAGGAGCAGAUUACUGUGCCUAUACUUUUGCCAGUUCCUGGUAUAAAUGUGUUGGUUCCAGGAGUCAUCCAUUUACUUAAUGCUGCUGAAACUAAAUGACUUGGUGAACACUGAAAGCCAGAAUGCAGGUAUAGGCCACGUAUAGCUUCACUUUGCACACUGUCAGACUGUUGUAAUUGGUACCUUGAAGAAUGACAGGAUGACCUGGUACAGAUUACUGUUGUACUUAUUUUAUCAUAUUGGGGAGAGCUGGAGGAGGUGCCCAUUGCUCAUUCUGUGAGUUAGGCGGGCUUCUCCAUGUCUUAUUUGCAUUCUAGAAUGUUGACAUAGUGACUUAAUCUUUCUUUUUUAAGAAAGAAUGACUCUGUAUUCUAACAAUUUACAGUAGACGUUUACUGUGGGGGAGGGCGGUUAUACUGCUGCUAUAAAGGCCCACAAGCAUAAUUUGUGACACAAGUACUAACAAAUUGUGCACUAGUGUAAAGACAUCCUAACUACAGGUCCUUGCAUGAAGGUUUAUCACAGUGUUGCAUCAUUGUAAAAGCACUUGUUUAACAAAAGACCUUGGUCUGAAUUCUGACACAAGCAUUAGCAACUUUCAGUUUAUGUACUACAAAGAUUCACCACACUAACACACCUUUGUGAAAUCACUUUGUUACUGAAGUAUACUAGUUUAAGUCCUUUCACUGCAAGUAACCACACUAGAUUGGUGCUGCAUGUACUCUGUGUCUUCAAAAACUUCUUCUUCUUUCGGCUGAUCCCGUUAGGUGUCGCCACAGCGGAUCAACUGUUUCCAUUUCUUCCUGUCCUCUGCAUCUUGCUCUGUCACACCAGCCACCUGCAUGUCCUC